AUCGCAACAUGCACUGGAAACAAGUAUAUAUUUCUGUUCCAUCACUGCGAGUCACCUGUAGGAGUACCUAACUCACACAGCUCAACGUACUCAACCAUGUUUAUUAACCCAGUCUGUUCGCCAUUCUACUCCUGACCUACUUUUGCCCCAUAUAGACCUCAUCUUUGCUGCAGAUGGAUGCGACUUGGAUGCGACUGCGCCCCAGUUGCGCUUCGGAAUGAUUUUUUCCGCCAGGUUCGGCGGCUCCCCAGCCAAUCGCUGUAGGGCACAGGAUGUGAUUGUGAUGUCCUCUGUUUGUUGAAUCCACCCUAAAACAGUUGUUGCAGACGGCGGGGUGUUUUCUCUUCAGCUGCACGAUGCAGCUUGAGGAAUACCCCUGAACACCAUCCGCUGCCAGACUAUGGUGCUCUUCAAGCGCAGUCACGGGCAGGACCCAGCUCAGAAAUCUGGGUCCGCGGCCUUGAAGACCACAACAUCACGCUUCCAAAGACUGCUGGGUAAGAAGGGUAGCAAGACACAGCUAGAUGCUGGGUCCGUCGCCUCCUCUGCCAGCGGCUACAGCCAUACCCAAGAGGAGGAGCGCGGUGAAGACAACUUGAUACCGACCGUUCAAAAGAAUGAUCUGCUUGUGGAUCAUGAGAAACCGCAACCCGCCCAGUCACUCUGGGAUCAGGCAUACGACGCACUCAGAGGUGACAAUCCGCAAUUAGUGGAGAAAUACGAGACAUUGCUCUCCAGGGAAUCACAGAGGACAAGUUCCGUACCAACGGACGGAGUCAACGACAUGACCGACGUCGCCGAUAGACAAUCUCGCAAAGCCCAGUUGAACACAAUAAUAGACAAGGGGCUACAAAGAAUGGAUGAGAAGAAAACAAAAUGUACCAUUGCCGGACAUGAAUUUAUCCUGGAGCAUCAAAUCGCGCAGGCCGCAAAGCUGGUGCUGUGGGCACAAGGCUGGAUCGGCGAAGCUGUCAAGGCUUCGCCAGAAGCUUCGAUCGCCUGGGCUGGUGUCUGCCUCGUUCUCCCGCUACUCACCAACCCGGAGACUGCAGAUGAAGCCAACCGCUCGGGCUUCACAUACGUUACUACGCGUAUGCGCUACUUUGCUGCGCUCGAGUCAACACUGCUGCGUCUCGGGCGAAACUCCGGGGUUGACACUGACUUGAUGGGGGAAGCCAAUGGACACAUCGUGUCCCUGUAUCAGCACAUUCUGGAGUUCCAGAUUCAAAGCGUCCUACGAUUCUACCAGAGUAUGCUUGGGAAAUUUACACGGGAUGUAUUUCAGCCCAAAGUCUGGGGGCAGAUGACAGACAAUAUCAGAGGACUCGAGGCUACAGUCAACGGAGAGCUGCAGCAGAUAAAUGCGUUGGCGUCGAGGCAAGAGCUGGAGUCUGCCAACCAAGAGCUAGAGUCUCUCAACGCAACGAGUACGCAGUCUCUCGAAAUCAUGCAGCAGUUUCUGUCUGUCGGCGAAAGACAUCUACGAGUUGCAGAAGCACAGCUGCAAGUCCAGAAAGAUAUGGCCAAGCAGAGGCUGUCCGACAGAGAAGAACAAUGCCACCAGUUGUUCCGUCUCACAACAGGCAGCAAGGACACGACGUAUGAGUGGUACAAAAACCGCAUUGAAGACCGAGUGGAAGGAACGUGUCAGUGGUUCCUACAACAUGACCAUUUUCAAAAGUGGUUGGAAGAAGAUUCAGGACCAUUGGUGGUCUCGGCAGACCCUGGGUGCGGCAAAUCAGUCCUGGCAAAGUACUUGAUUGACAAGCAACUGCCGCAGUCAGCCACCACCAUAUGUUACUUCUUCUUCAAGGACCAGGAUCAGAAUACUGUCAAUCAGGCGCUCUGCGCAUUGCUGCACCAGCUUUUCUCCCACCAGCCUUCUCUGAUUCGACAUGCCAUGACAGCAUAUUCCGAGAAUGGACGUGCCCUAGUAACCGCCACGGAAUCGCUAUGGGAUAUCCUGGAGAAGGCUGUGCGAGAUCCCCAGACAGAACCUGUCAUCAUGGUUCUAGAUGCGUUGGACGAAUGCGCUGAGACAGAGUUUAGGGACCUGAUUCGGAUGCUGAAACAUCUCUUCCAAGGGCAGAGCCAGCUUCGCAAGAUCAAGUUCCUGCUCACUAGCCGACCCUACGAACAUAUCGUAUCCCAGUUCCACGACCUGCUUGCCGCGUUCCCUUAUAUUCGUAUACCGGGAGAAGACGAGUCAGAGGCUAUCAGCCAGGAAAUAAACCGUGUCAUCAAAUUUCGAGUCGAGCAGCUGGCAACAGAGAAGCGGCUUUCAACAGAAAUCAAGAACUACCUUGAACAACGGUUGAUGGAAACUCCGCAGCGCACCUACCUCUGGCUAUAUCUUGUGUUUGACUACUUGAAAUUCCAAGACUUCAAGAGGACCAAGAAAGGCAUUGAGUCACGAAUUGCCUCGCUCCCACAGAGCGUUAACCAAGCAUACGACAAGAUCCUUUGCAAGUCCAAGGACGAUCAGAUGGUUCGAAAGGCCUUGAGCAUGAUUUUGGCAGCAAGUCGGCCUCUAACCCUAGCGGAAAUGAAUAUUGCUGUCAAUAUCGACAUCUCAUCGCAGUCUAUGGAAGACCUUGAUCUUGAAGAAGACGCAGACUUUCAAUCGCGUCUCCGAACCUGGUGCGGAUUGUUUAUCUCGGUCUACCAUGGCCGGGUUUAUUUUCUUCAUCAGACUGCUCGGGAAUUUCUCCUUGCAGACUCGUCCUCGCUUGCAGCUGUUCCGUCGGAGCUACGCUGGCACCACUCCAUCACCACCCGUCAAGCGCACGAAGUUCUUGCAACGGCCUGCGUGGUCUAUCUUGACUUCCUCAAUGCCGGCGCCACUCGGCCAGAGACAAGCGAGAGAGCCAGCCUACACAGCGAUCGCCAUACCUUCUUGGAUUAUUCGGGCGAAAAUUGGGGUGCUCAUGUCCGCAAGGCUGAUAUCAGCAGCGAUGCUGCUAUGGUAUCUUCCGUCUUGAGGCUCUGUGAUCCAGCUUCCAAGUGCUAUCUGACAUGGUUCGAAAUUUACUGGGCGUCUAUAGGCAUGACUGAUCCUGAAUACCUAGACUUUACAGCUCUUAUGGUAGCAGGUCUUUUCGGGCUUAAGGCUAUUGCUCAACUGCUUCUCGACAAAGGGGCCAACCUUGAGGCAAAGGAUAGCUAUGGGAUGACAGCGCUGUCAUGGGCUGCUAGGGCAGACCAGGCGGCUGUCGUUGAGCUGCUUCUCGACAAGGGCGCUGACCCUGACGCGAAGGAUAGUCGGGAUGGUAAUACGCCGCUGAUAUUCGCUAUCAGGGCAGGGUAUACGGAUGUUGCCAGGCUGCUUCUUGACAAGGGCGCCGACUUCGAGACAAUGGAUACUGAUCCCGACGAUGGUAUGGAGCCGCUGACAUGGGCUGCUAGGGAGGGUCGUGAGGCUAUUGUCAGGAUGCUCCUUGACAAGGGCGCUGGACUUGGGGCGAAGAAUCAACACAAUCUUACACCAUUGUCCAUGGCUGCUAAGGGAGGGUAUGAGGCUAUUGUUAGGCUGCUUCUUGACAGGGGUGCUGAUUUCGAGGUGGCGGGUACUAAUGGUUCGGCGCCACUGGCAUUGGCUGCACAAUAUGGGCAUGAGGCUGUUAUUGAAAUGCUUCUUGACAAGGGUGCUGACCUUGAGAAAAAGAACAAGGGUGGUUCAACAGCGCUGUCACAGGCUGCCAGUUUCGGGUAUCUGGCUGUCAUUGUGCUGCUUCUUGACAAGGGCGCUGACCUUGAGUCAAAGAAUGUGGAUGGUCAGACGUCACUGUCAUAUGCUGCAAAGUAUGGGCAUGAGCCUGUCGCUGAGCUGCUCCUUGACAGGGGCGCUGACCUUGAAACUAAGGAUAUGGCUGGUCGGACGCCACUUUCAUGGGCUGCUGGUGAGGGGAAAAUGGCUAUGGUUAAGCUGCUCCUUGACAGGGGCGCUGACCAUGAGGCGAAGGAUACAGCUGGUCAGACGCCGCUUUCAUGGGCUGUAAAGAAUAAGCGUGAGGCUGUGGUUGAGCUACUGGAAUCAAGAAAGUAGUAAUACAGGCUUUAUCGUUGCCGCUUCACACUAUCCCCGGGAGACAGAGGGGUCGGAAGGGAGUUUCUGGGAAAUAGGGGGAAGUAAAUAAUGGCACAUGACAAACGACAAUUGAUACCCAGUGCCCAGGGUGGCCGCACCCAUAUUUGAGGUUCCGUAAAUUGGACUUUUCGCAGCCUACUCGAAACUCGCCUGGUCGCCGUGUUCUUGGCGGUAGGGAGGAGAUGAUCAUGGCUCCAAGCCUGUGCCCCCCGAUGGUGUAGCCGCUCUCUCGAACGGCUAGGUAGGUCGGUUGAGAGUAGAAGGAGCAUUCUCUUCGUCGUCGUCGCGGUUGGGGGCCAAAUCCAGUGCCAGUUGCUCGCAGCUGCCAGAAUUCCUUGCGCUGUCUCCACAUUUUCCAUGAG